CGAAAUGCUAAUCUUAUAAAGAACUAAAAUGGUCCUUGCUGCAUAAAAAACUGUGUGGAGUUGAUUUGCAAGUUGUCUAGCUUCUGCUAUUUAAGUUGAGUUUCUAUUUGUGCUCCAACCUGUCAAGUAACAAGCUAGUGUUUAUAGUUACCAUACACCUUUGUCAUAUCUGAAUAACAUCAACAUGAUUCUGCAUAGAACCUAUAGAAUUAGAUAGAUAUUUAUUACUAUUAAGAUAUAUGCUUUUAACAUAUAUGGUUAAAAGUGAUACCAGAUUCCUUAUGAUUAUAUCCCUGUGGACUUGCAGAAGAUACAUAAGCUUACUGAAUCAGUUAUUGCGACUCGUUCCAACAUUGUUACCACUAUGGAGAAGCAGAUGGUACGUAGGUUUUUGGAAUCCAUAUUCCAGGUCUAUGCUUGUGCUGAUGGCACUUGUUCUGUUAUUGUGCAUACACUAACAUCUACUGAUGUCAACAAAAAGCAGAUGAGGCUACCAAUGCGUGCGGUUCCAGAUGACUUGGAGAUAACUGGAGAUAUCACUGUUCGAUUAUAUCCAGCUGUGAGUGUUACUGGAUCAUACAAGGUGCUCCUUAAUGAUGAUGGACGUGUAAAGAUUGAUUGUUGGAAGGACUUCAUCAAGGAGGCCGGCUGGGAAGUCAAUAGGAAGAUAGUGAUGCUGUUUUGCCGCGGCAAUGGUUUCACCUGGCUGUUUGCUAACCCUCUCCAUGGUUAGGAUGUGGAAAUCUAGCUUCUAUGUGUUAGACUCAACUGGUGUCUUAUGUUAUUAUCAAGUGUUAUGUUAAAGUUCUGCACUUGGACCUGGUUUAA